GAAGCCGCCAUUUCGUUGCAGAGCGGAAUAGGUUGUCGGCAAUCAUUCAUAAAUUUUUCAGUUAACAUUGAUUAAUAUCUUGAGAUAGUGGUCAUGUUGGUGUUAUAAGUUUUUGUACAUUUUGGAUGGAGGGUACAGACUUGCCGAUGGGUUAUUUUCAGCGGGUAAUGUUAUCCGAUUGAAGGUUAUAACUGAAAGAACCAAGUAUGCAACGUGGAAAUGGACAAACACCCUCUCAACAGUCGGCUGAUAUUAUCCAGUCUGUCCUUGCAGCUGCAGCUGCUUCUGGGUUGAACCAGAAUCCAGGUGCUGCAUCACCACAGAACCAACUGCAGUUGAUCAUGGCGCAACAGCACCAGCUGGUAAAUCCAGCGGUAGCUAUCAAUACCCAACAGCCUGGAUCCCAGUUGAGGUCUGUCCAAGGGUCUCCCAGAAGAACUGGAAGUUUUCCGGGCCAAGGGUCACAGCAGCCAAGCUUCAUCAAGGUACCGGUUAGUCCAUCAGGUAGCAUCCUGGAUGCAACAUCCCCUGUUCAGGGUGUAACAACUGGACAAGCGCCGCUUCUUUUACAACAUGGGCGUCUUCUACAGCUUCCACAGACAGUUAACAUGGUCACCUCGAGUCCUCAAACUAUACAGACCGUGCAGUUUCAGAACACACAGGGGUGUAUAUCUGUACCACAGUUAAACACAACUAUGAGCAUACCUGUAGCUCUUUCAAACCAGUUGUCCACUCAGAAACGAACAAGUGGAUCAAGCCCAGGUCGAAGUUCAAACAGUCGCAAAAGUCCAAUCUCGGCUACAGGCAACCCAUCUCAUGCAAGUCAUAUGCCUUCUCAUCCAUCUAAAAUGUUAAAAAUGCAAGUACAAUUACCGGACAAUCCCCGCAGUGACGAUCUGCUAGAACUGCGUCGAUGUGUCCUACUACGCAAAGAGCGAGAACUGAAAGAACUAAAAGAAAACUAUACUGAAAAUUUAAUAGAAUUAUUUUUCUUGCAAAAAGAUGGGAACAUGAUGGAUUUUGUUGCAUAUAGAAAACGACCGACACCUCAACUUGUAAGCUUCCUACAAGCUCAGGCUCUUGAUGGAUCUGGUGGUGUCAGGAGGUCAUCUAGUGAUUCACAUAAGCUGCCCUUGAAUCUAGGAUAGAAGCGACUGGUAGUGUCUCUAAGGCAACCACAACCACACUUUUACCGACAGUCCAAUCAAUACAGACAGAAACAAAGUUCAAGAAAAUUCCAUCAGAACCUGCAAGUACAUCUAGCUCAUCUACUGUUAGACCUGCGAGUGUUUCAUCAUCAACACUCAGCUCUUCCAUUGUCUCAUCCCAAAAGAUAUCCAUGCAAUCUGCAACACCUUCUCCUAAAAUAACUAAGUCAAUAUCAGGAGGGCGAUAUACUCCUGGUAGGCAGAACGCAAUGGGACCUAUGGUGGCGCAGGAAAAAAUAGUAGAACGUGCUAAACAGGAAGCCCAGGUUAUGCAAAGGAUAGGGCAGUUGAGGAAGGAGGGUCUUUGGUCUGCUCGUCGAUUGCCUAAGGUACAGGAACCACCAAGGCACAAGACCCACUGGGAUUACUUACUGGAAGAGAUGCAAUGGUUAGCAGCAGAUUUUGCUGGUGAAAGGCGAUGGAAAAAGGCUGCCUCACGAAAGCUGGUAAGAUCUGUUGCUAAGUACCAUCAAGAAUGCAAAGCCAAGAUGUUGAAAGCUGAACGUGAUGAAGCAUCUAGAAUGAGGAGGAUUGCCAGUAACAUUGCCAAAGAAGUUAAACAGUUCUGGUCAAAUAUAGAAAAGGUAGUGCAAUACAAACAACAAAGUCGGUUGGAUGAGAGGAGGAAGAAAGCUCUUGACUUGCAACUUGAUUUCAUAGUUGGUCAGACAGAGAAGUAUUCUUCAUGGUUAACAGAAGGCUUGAACGUCAGUACGGCUGGGUCAUCCGUAGGAUCCAUUCCACCCAGCCCUACAAGAUCCACUGGAGGGGGUACAGGGGAUGAUGGGGAAUUCCAACCUGAUGCAGAUGAGUCUGAUGACGAGACAACAAUAAGGGUGGAAGAGGAGGAGGCAGGAGCAAACCUAGAGUCUGAGGAAAAUGAGCUAGUUUUACUAGAGAAAGAGAGCCAAUUGCCCAUACAAGAACUGUUGGACAGCCUACCACCAGAAAUCCUGGAAAAACCUGCAGACUUAGAUGUAAUGGCAGAGGACUCGGCAACAACAAAGGAGUCGAAGAGAAAAGAUGAAGAGUUUGUUCCUACUGAUGAAGAGGAAGAAAAUAGUGUUGUUGAUGAUGAGGAAACUUUAGAAGAACAAGAAGAUGCAGAAGGAAGUCAGGAUCACAAGGCGGAACUGGAUGAACUUGCAGCGGAAGGAGAGCUUUCCAUUGAAGAACUCAUGGAGAGGUAUGCUGGGGCAUAUACUCAGGAAGCACAGUUGGAUAGUGAUGAUGAGGAGGAAGAAGAGGAGGAAGCUGAUGCAGAAAGCUUCACUGAAGAAUCUGAAGACUCAUCUGAUGAGUAUGAUGAAUUAGAAGAUAUUGAGGAUGAAGAUGAUGCAGAAUGUGUUGAUAACAAAGAUGGGGAGGCAAUGGAUAUUGAGUACCUACUCAACCCAGACAAAGAAAAUAAGCAACCAGUUGAUGAAACGAGUUCGAGUGACAGCAGUCCAAAUAAUGAAAUCACAGAAUUUGCUGCCACUGCACAAAGUCUGCAACCUACUGGAUAUACAUUAGAGACUACCUUGGUUAAAACUAAAGUUCCAUUUCUAUUACGUCACACUCUACGCGAGUAUCAACACAUUGGUUUAGACUGGCUGGUCACUAUGCAUGAAAAGAAACUAAACGGUAUACUUGCUGAUGAGAUGGGCUUAGGAAAAACAAUACAAACCAUUGCUGUUCUGGCACACCUAGCUUGUGAAGAAGGUAUAUGGGGACCUCAUCUUAUAGUUGUUCCAACUAGUGUAAUGUUAAACUGGGAGAUGGAGUUGAAAAAGUGGUGUCCUGCCUUUAAAAUCCUCACAUAUUAUGGUUCCCAAAAAGAACGCAAGCAAAAGCGACAGGGUUGGACUAAGUGCAAUGCAUUCCAUGUUUGUGUAACAUCAUAUAAGUUAGUGAUCCAAGAUCAUCAAGCUUUUAGGAGGAAAAAAUGGAAGUACCUUGUAUUAGAUGAAGCACAAAAUAUUAAAAAUUUCAAAUCACAAAGGUGGCAAACGUUGUUAAAUUUUAACAGCCAGCGUCGUUUGCUCCUCACUGGUACUCCACUUCAGAACAGCUUGAUGGAACUCUGGUCUCUGAUGCAUUUUCUUAUGCCGCAUGUCUUCCAAUCUCAUCGGGAAUUUAAGGAAUGGUUUUCAAAUCCUGUUACAGGAAUGAUAGAAGGGAAUACAGAUUAUAAUGAAGGACUAAUCAAGAGACUGCAUAAGGUUUUGCGACCAUUUCUGUUGCGUCGGUUGAAAUCUGAAGUGGAGAAACAGCUACCAAAGAAAUAUGAGCACAUUGUUACCUGCAGGCUUUCCAAUAGACAACGCUACCUCUAUGAAGAUUUUAUGUCCAGAGCCAAAACGAAGGAAACGCUAGCAAGUGGACAGUUUUUGAGUGUUAUUAAUGUUUUGAUGCAAUUACGGAAAGUGUGCAACCAUCCAGACUUGUUUGAAUUAAGACCAAUCGUAUCGUCGUUCACAAUGGAAGGCAUAGUGUAUAGAACAGCUGCACUUGUCCUCAAGGCAUUGGAGUAUGAUCCAUUUAAGCAUAUAAAAUUUGAAUCAUUUAAUCUGUGUCUAGCUGAUCAUGAACUAAAUUUGCCCGCUUAUGCUGCUCAUCGAAUCAAACAGCUGCAAACGCCAAGACCUCUCAUAGAAGAAAUUGACUCCCUCCCUGACCCUCCAGCAAGACCAAACAGAGUCAAGGUCAAACCUGGCAAACUCUUUAGUCACAUUCCAAACAAAGAAACCGGACGAGUGUCCCCAUUUUCUGUUGCUUCUACCACAGCCAGCAAUGCCAAUGUUUCUCUCAGCACACAGCCCUUAACCACGGCUGUGCAGGGUGGAAGAUCAUCACCUGUAGUGAGUCAUAUGCUGAUUAAAACCUCUAGUGGAACCAUCAUCCAACGUACUGCAGGCUCAUCUGCUCAAGGGUUGUUACUGGGUGUUUCUAGUCAGCAGCUGACAAGUGGCAGUGUGUCGAUAACUACUACUGCAAGUAGUAGUGUGGCCUCAACAGUCGCCUUGGUUUCGCAGCAAGCAGUUCCAACCACCACACAGUUACAGCAGCUACCAGGCUACACAAUACCAUCAGGCGGUGUAUUACAGCAGCGACUGAUACUUCAACCACAGGGUGGUGGUCGCACUCAAUUCUUAACCCAUCCAAUCACAGUUCAAUUACAAGGGCAACAUGGAACAAGGAUAGCAUUGCCUGCUAGUCAAAUACGUCAGAUACCACAAGGAGGUAUAGUGCAAAUAGUUCAGACUGCCAGCGGUCAGCAGAUUCUACGAGGUGUCCAGCUUGCAACGACUACUCAAGUUGGUCAGUCAUCUACAAAUCAACAGCUGCUUACAACCAGUCGGUCUGGUUCACCUCAAAUCCAACUAUUGGCGCAAGGAAUAAGAACCACCGCCCAGUCACCGAGAAUGACGCAACUUCUCAUAACAACCUCAGCAGGAGUCAGCUCAAGUCCCAGCCAUGUGAUUAAGUCUUCAACAGCAGCUGCUCAAUUACUAAGUGCUGUAAACACUGUGUCCUCAGCAGGAAAGCUUCAUCUCGGCAGCAACCUACCUGCCUCAAUGAGACCGGUUGUCCGUGUGUCGCCACUUAAUUCUGACAGCUUACCUCCUACCGCUACCUCUAUUCUUUCAAAAGUGUCAUUAGCAAGUUCACAAACUAAAGCAGUAACAACAAGUGGUUUGGUUCUUAAAGUUGCACCACAACCAGUUAGUUCCAUUCAAACGUCGUCUGCCAGUCUUAUAUUAAAUCAUCCAUCACUGACCACAAAACAGACAGUCUCCACAACAAUGUCGCGAAAAGAUCUGACCCCGAUGGCAGUAGUGUCCCCAGCAACUGCCAUCAAACCGACCCCGGUGGUUACCAUUACUAGCAGCUCAUCAACGGAUCCAAAAUUGGAUGUGAAAGCUAUAACAACCACUUCAGAUACAAUCACAACUAAAGCUGCGUCUGGCAGCGUUGCGACUAUUGUUACAUCGUUGACUGCACCCAAGACCAGCACAACAAGUUUGUCAAAAGGAAGAUUAAGGACUCGUAAAGAAAAAGCAGUAGAUCCGGAACCCAAGAAGUCACCUCUGUACCUUGAAUCUAUUGUAAAACACCGAAAAGAUUGUCACAAAGCAACACUGACAAGAAUUGCAGACAUAAAUCGCUGGCGCUGCGGAGCAAAACCUGUGUAUGGUCAAGAUCUCUGCCGUGCUGUGUCCAUUAUUAACUGCCUAGAAACGCCUAAAGAACUCAAGAACAUUUUCAGAGGCGUUGGAUAUUUUACUUGCCAUAAUACGUACAAUCAUCCAUCACCUAACCAUUCAAAGGUUUUCUUUAAGACAACAAAGUUUUUGGAAGAAGCCAUCCAAACACCUGAAACAAAAAUUCAGCAUCUUCAACCAAUCUUCAAAAGGUUUAUGAUGACUGUUAGUCCAACCUGGUCAUCAGGAAUCAGUAUCCAUACAUCCCCAGCAGAUUCCAGUGCUGUACUCCACCAUAACUAUAUCCAAGAAGUCUUAAGCGAGGAGUUAACACCUAGGACUCGAUGCCUACAUGAAUUACAGAGUGCCACAAGGCUACAAUUCCCAGAGCUCAGAUUAAUACAGUAUGAUUGUGGCAAACUUCAAACAUUAGAUGUACUACUGCGACGACUGAAACCAGAAGGUCAUAGGGUGUUAAUAUUCACACAGAUGACAAAGAUGCUGGACGUGCUGGAGAAGUUCCUCAAUUUCCAUGGACACACCUAUCUUAGAUUAGAUGGUGCUACUAAAGUUGAAUCCAGACAGAUGUUAAUGGAACGUUUCAAUGCAGACAAAAGGAUCUUCUGUUUCAUUCUGUCCACGCGUAGUGGUGGCCUUGGGAUCAACUUGACUGGUGCUGAUACUGUUGUUUUCUACGACAGUGACUGGAACCCUACCAUGGAUGCUCAAGCUCAGGAUCGAUGUCAUAGGAUUGGACAAACAAGAGAUGUGCAUAUCUACAGACUUGUGAGCGAGAUGACAGUGGAGGAGAACAUCCUUAAGAAAGCCAACCAGAAGCGUCUGCUUGCAGAUGUGUCGAUUGAAGGUGGCAACUUUACUACAGCAUUUUUCAAAAAGCAUGCACUCACUGAGUUAUUUGAGAAACCAGAACAACCAGAGAGCAGGGAAGAAUUACAAGUUGCUCAGAAUCCACGAGUAUCAAAGAGCCAACCUGAUAAAACAGAAGUACCAAAACCAGUUGAUUUAAAAGCAAAUGUCUCCACCAAGGUGUUAGAAUCUGAAGGAGUUGUCACUCCAUCUAAUCCGAACCUCUCACAGUUACAGUUAGAACAGGCCCUAGCAAAAGCUGAAGAUGAGCGUGAUGUUCAAGCUGCUUCAAUGGCCCAUGCAGAGCAAGAUGCGGAGUUAGCUGAGUUUGAUGAAGAUAUACCUUUUGAUGGUGAGGAAAAGAGUGGCCAGAAAGAAGAAACAUCUAGAGUGGAAAUGGAAUUGGCACAACUCCAAGAUCAGCUGACGCCUAUUGAGAAGUAUGCACUUAUCUUCUUAGAGUCAACAGUUGAACCAUUGUCAGAUGAACACCUGAAUGAGGCAGAGGAACAAAUAGAGAUAGCUAAGCAAGAGUGGGAACUUAGCCAUCUGCAGGCACUAAAGGAAGAAGAGGAGCGGAAGGCAGAAAUGGAGGAAGAUGAAAUAUUUUACACAUAUACCAGAGAGGAUGCAUACAAUAAGAUUUAUAUCUCGCAGACAAACAAUAUAAUGCCGAUGUGGUCACCACCCACGCCACCACAAGAUGACAAUGAUGUGUAUGUGGACAACGCGUUCUAUGUGAUGUACGAGCCCUCUGUGAUGACGGAGACACAGCUGCCGUCUAUUUACACCAAGAAAGAACAUAAGAAAGCCAAAGAAAUCAAUGCAGUGGCGACUGUUCGUAAACCAAAGACACAUUCCAAAGGAGACCACAUGCAGCCGCCAAGGUCCCUGUUUGACCGUCCAUCAUCAGCAUGGCACAAGAUGCGUAGAGAUGCCAAACAGCAAAAGAUGAGAGAUAUGGUGAAACCGAUGAAACCAUUGCCAACAGUACAUAAACCAGAGGCAGACACUCAACAGGACAAACCAGAAUGGCUUAUAAAUGAAGACUGGGCGUUGUUACAGGCAAUACAAACCCUCCUUGAUCUACAGCCAAACUUACAAGUAGUUGUUCCUGGCCAUACCAUCAAUUGGGAGUUGGUGAGUGAUGUUGUUAACUCCUGUAGUCGAAUCUACCGCUCUCCCAAGCAGUGUAAAAAUCGCUACGAAAGCGUUAUCAUUCCACGUGAAGAAGGCAAGAUUCUGUAUGACACAAAUCCUAAGAAACAGAAGAAAUCAAAGGGAUUAUACAAGUCUAUGACAAAGAAUAACCGAAUAAUGAAAACGAGUCAUUUGCAUACCCAGGACAACAACAGCUCACAUACUAUGCUGUACAGCAAUAAAUUUGAUCAGAUCAAAGUUGCUGUUGGCAAGAGACAACCUUACCUUAAACAAGUGCUCAAUAAUCCUUUGCUUAAGAACCCAAAGCAUAGUGCUGUGUUGCAGGAUUACAGCAUCAAUUAUGACAAGCCUUUGCUUCCGCUCCAAGUGGCUGCUAAGAGAGCAGACAGGAUCGCUAAGGAGAAGAAAGAGAAGGAAGCACAGAUAAAGCAAACUGCAGCUCAGAAUGCUGCCGCCGCCGCUGCUGCCGCUAGUGCUGUAAAAACGACAGCAGUUGCAACAGCAGCUGCAACUACAGUCUUGCAAGCUAGUACUGUUGCUCGUCCAGUCAUUGGUACUACAACGCUGCCUGUACGUGUGACAGCUGGUAACAGUAUCGUGGUCAACACUCAAGGAGGCAUGGUCUCUGUAUCCAAUCAGCAGCUUGCAUCCAUUAACAAACGUCUUAAUCAACAACCAGUCACUGCUGCUAAUGCAUCCCAGAUUGCAACAUCCAUUGCACAGAUUGUUAGAACUCAAGGAGGAAGAACACAGGUGACCUUACCAACAUCAGCUGCUCUCCAUGCCAGUCAGCUUCGCAGUACGACACCAGCUUCUAUUAUGGUGUCCACUGUAUCUGGGGUGACCACAGUCCAGGCAAGAGCGACACCAACUGCAUCACUGGCAACUGCAGCAAUGGUCAAAGCAACGGCAUCCAACUUGUCUGCAGCUACCAUUUCUCCCGCCAACUUCGCUACAUUCAAACGACAAGCUCAGGCCCAAGCACAGCCUGCAACCAUUAAACAGCAAUUCAAGCCAGUUGAUUUGAAGCGGAUGCAGCAAGCUCAGGCCCAGGCAAAGGCAGCCCAAGCCGAAGCCCAUGCCCAGGCACAGGCCUCCCAGCAACUUGUAACCAGCGGAAGCCCAGCUGCUGUCGCUAGCAUUGUCCAGCAACAGAGAGUUCAGAAACCAGCAACACUGACCCGACCUUUGAAAGAGGCAGAGAUUUCGCUCAUCAAACGUCAACUGCAACAACAUAAACUGAACCAGUCAGCUAAUAAGGUUGCAGUAACAACUGUCAGUGGGGUAACGGUCAGUGGUGUGGUCACUGUGGGUCAACAGAAGGGUCAAACAUUGAAACAACUGACUUUUACACCACAACAGUUACGCACAUUACAGAUGCAGCAACUGUUACGUCAACAGAAGCAACAGCAGCAGCAGCAGCAAAAAAUUCAAACACUGACACCAGCCCAAGCUGCCCAGUUGACUCAGAAAGCACAGUUCUUAGCAACACAGCAGCAGAAGUUACAGGCAGCCCGACUGGUGGCCCAGGUACAGCAGGGAUCUGCAACACAACACAUUCAAGUGACGCCAACUAUUACCACUGCCCAACAGCUGCAGCAGGUGCAGAAAGCAGUUCAGUCUGGUCAAGUUCAAGUCCAGCAAGCAUCCGGCCAGACAACAGUUCAACAGAUACCUCGGCAGCAACUGAUCCAGUUAAGCCGAACAGGUGGUCCUUCAACAACACUGGCCAUCCAACAAGCCAGCAAACCAAUAACGGUCAUAUCUGGCCCGUCGGCUGCCCUCAACGCAUCCCAGUUAGCUCAAGUGGUGUCUGCCACAAAUGCACAGAAACAGAGUGCUGGCCAGACCGCAACUCAUGUUGUUUCCAUCGCGCCACCUAUUCUGCAGUCCGGCACCAAUCUCCAAGCACAGGUGGUUCGUGCCGCAGGAAUCCAAGAAGCGGUUGCUAAAGCUGCACAGAGUGUAGCUAUCACAGUGCCUGCGCUCAGCCAAAGCCAAGCAAAGAUGGAUGUCAUAAUGGUUGAACAGCAUGGCGCUACAGAGACUGUGAUAACUGAACCCCCGUCACCAGCGGAAAGCAACGACAGCAAGAAGGAAGAAAGUGGAGCAAGCGAUACAGAUCCUUCAUCGUCUACGGCGACAAGGCCGUAUGCCAUGAGGACAAGGACUUCAUCCAAACAUUAGAUACAAACAAUAUGAACUUAACACGACUGAAACAGAAAGCAAUGGGCAGUAAUUCCUUAACCUUAUAUAUUAAGGCAGAACAAUUUGCUGAAUUUGGAGUUGCAAUUAAGUCUAUAAGAUGUAUAUCUAGACACAGAAUUUCUCAAACCUCUUGUUUCUACAUAAAAUACUAAAUACAUUUUUACUGAAAGCAUUAUGAUGUAAUCAUUUGGGUACAUUACUCAAAGCUAUGGUAUGUAAUAUUAUUUAUUUUGCACUAGUUUUUUUUUUUUUUAUUUAUUUAUUUAACUUACAAAUAUAAUUUAUGACAUGUACUAGUGUGUGUAUUGUGUAAUUUUGAAUCUAGUAUAAUUUGAAAUUCAGUAUUUUUAUAUAGUUUUUGAUGUGUAUGAUUUGAUGAUGGACAAAAAAAAAUACAUUGAAAAUGGUGAGGUAGUGAGGGAAACGUGUGAAAAAAUCUGUUGAGAUUGUAUUAGUUGAAUGGUCAAACCAUAGUUAGCCUUGUUUUCAAUACAAAAGUGUAUACAGAGCGUGUAAAGAUCUUGUAACGAGUUAUAAUAAAGAGAAUGAUAUUUGGAAUUAAAAACAGGGAAUUAUGGUGAACUGAUAACAUUAAGACUUGGGAUGGGAAAAUGAAAUGGCCCAAGAUAAUAAAGUUUGAAGAUGAUUUUAUGAUUUCAUGUAGAAACAUUUGUUCUCUAUGGUAAAGGAGUAGAGAUGUAUACAACUUAUUGUUUUGCACAAUAGGAAAUAGAUUAUGAGUGUGUUCGUAAGUUAUAUACAAACUAUAUAUAAUAAAAAACAACUGCACUAUAAUGCAGCCCCAUAAUGACUUCAUAUCCUGAAAUAUAUAAUAGUUGAUGGUAUAAACCUGCUGUUCUACAUAUCCGCAAAAAAAGAAAUAUGUCAAAUGACCGGAUUUAUCUGUUUAAUAACUUCACUCAUCCAUAUAUGACGAUGGUGUGCUAACCAUAUAUGGUUAGGUUAGCCCAUGUAUUGUGUGGUAAGCUUUAACAUACUUAAAGGGCCCUCAAACAUUGAACAUCUGUGAACAAGGAAUAAGUAUAUAAAAAUAUAAAUAUGUUAAUAUGAACAUUCGUAAACAGAUGUUAGAAAAAUAAUUAUCUGAUAUUUGAUCAAUUCCAUUUUUUCAUAAAUGUUCUUUAUUAUUUGAAUGGGGGUGGACAUGCCAACGAGUAGUACUUAAUGUAGAAUCGGUCUUGGAUUCUUGUUCCCAAAAUCAGUGAAAAUUGGGGGAAUUCAACACAUUAUAUGAACAGUUUUAUGAACAGAAAGCCCGACAGAAUCGAUCAAGUACAUAUGCUUCUGUACAACCUUAACAUCCUUAAUACAGUAGUCCUCUUAUUUCGUAUUAUUUUUUUAUGUUAAUUAUCAUCGUUGUAGAAUAAGGACCCACAAAUCGACAGUAGAUAGUUUUCGCCGCACGAUGUUAACCUUAACGUUAACGGAUGAGUCAUAAUUCGUUCAUCUUGCGUUGCGGAGUACGUUAAUUUCAGGAUUUUAUGUCCCUGACGCACGUUAUUUGCGGGUUUACGUAACUUAUGCGCAUGCAUAUUUAACGCCGUGCGGCGAAACUAGGCAGUUUUUCGCUUCACGACAUUAACGAAUGACGUCAUAAUUUAUUCAUCUUGCUUUGCGGAGUACGUUAAUUUCAGGAUUUUACGUGCUCGACAUACGUUAGUUAUGGGUUUGCGCAUGCGUAUUUCGAUUUGUUUACAAAAGGUGCGGAGCUAUCGCGCUGCAUGUUGGGUACUAACGUUAAAGUUAAGGUUAACGUCGUGUGGCGAAAACUACCUACUACCUGGUGUUAAAACAUAUGCAAAAAUGUGCGUUUGACACGUGUUAGACGCACGCGUAUUCUUGGACCUGUUCUGAUUGGUCGGUUGUUAAGUUUGAUUGACAUCCAGAACGUUCCAUUUGCAUUGAUAUUUUUUAAAGGGUACAGUAUAUCUUUGUAAUGCCAUAAACAGUCGCCCUUGUUAAAUUGAGUACUACCACUUUUGUUCAUAAUCAUUACAUGAAUUCUAUUUUGUAUAUUUGUAUAAUCAAUUUUCACCUUUCUAUGAUUUUUCUCCUCAAUUAUUAUGGGAUUGAAGUACUACCCCACAAUUGUAUAAUCAAUUUUUACCGAUCUAUGAUACUUUCCCCAAUUUUUAUGGGAUAGAAGUACUACCCCACAAGUCCCUCUAAUUUAAUAUCUAGGUAGAUUAAAUAUGUAAUAUACAGAUUCCAACAGGAAUUAUGUGAAUAGACUCUCUGUACAUUUUUUUGUAUUUGAUGUGUAAAUUUUGUAGUGUUGACGCUGGAGGUGAGGGGCAGCAAUAGUUAAGUCGGAUCUCUGAAUGCUCAUGUAUUUUUGGGGUUAUCGAAAAUAAAUUUUGAUCCAAUAAUGAA